AAACUGUGUUUAAAGAUGAACACACUGAAAUCUUUGGUGAUUCUAUCGCUUGUUCUGGCUGUAGCCACUGGAGAGAGGGAAAAAAGAGGCCUGAGCAAUUGGUGCCGCGCUUUUGGCUGUCCUCCAGACAGUGCCUUUAAGAACGGACGAGAUCCCUCAUUGAGCGAAAAUGAUUGGCAAAGAUUUCCUGAAACAUUUCAGGUUCCUUCAGCUCCAGCAGAGAAGGAGCAAGUGCAGAAUGAGAAAGAUUCCGAGCUGGAACAUGGAAAGAAUCCUCCUAGAGACGGGUACGAAAACAUGAAGGCCUACUUACAAGACGUGUACCAAUGAAAAAGCAGCAAAACCUCAUGAUUGGAUGCUUUGAAACUGCUUUUAGAAGAACCACUAAAAUACUGAACUUUGCAAGUCUAAGCGUAGAUCACUGUUGCAACAUAAGAAUGUGUUUUGUUAGUUUCGUUAAGAAGUAGCCAGCAAAUUACAAAGCAAGUAGAAGUAAAAAUAACCUUCAAAACGAAAUAAAACAACAAAAAUUCUGCUCUUAGAA